AUGACAAAACAUAAAAAGGUGCCUGUGAUCGAUCUUAGCGCCUUAAAGCAGAACUCUACUGAUUCAGAUAUGCUGAGCUUUUUGCCACUUAAACUUAAGUGCUUGCGGUUAAACGGAACUUCACCGGAACUGAUCAACAGGCUCAUACAAGAGCAUAUGCGGCAGCAGACUGAUCUUGGAUUCCCACACCCACACCACAUGGUACUUGAAUGUAAAGUCAUGAAACAAGGAAUUAUCUCUUGUACUAGUGGAUGGAUGUGA